AUGUCGAGCCUCUCGGCGACAGAAUCCAGCAAGACCCCGGCGAUCAUGUCCUCACCCACCCCUCCGUCGCGCAUGGUGCGCGCGCGCGAGUUCUUCUCACAGCCGGUCGCCGCCUCGUUCAUCGCCGGAGGCGUCGCCGGAGCCGUCUCCAGGACCGUCGUGUCGCCGCUUGAGCGAUUGAAAAUCCUAUUCCAGGUCCAGAGCCACGGACGCAACGAGUACAAGAUGUCGAUAGGCAAGGCUUUGGCCAAGAUGUGGCGGGAAGAGGGCUGGCGAGGCUUCAUGGCCGGCAAUGGCACCAAUUGCAUCCGCAUCGUGCCUUACUCGGCCAUACAGUUCGGCGCCUUCAAUUUCUACAAACGGUUCUUCGAAGACGCACCCGGAGUCCCUUUGAACCCCUACCAACGCCUCAUCUGCGGCGGCUUCGCGGGCAUUACUUCCGUCACGUUCACGUACCCUCUGGACAUUGUCCGCACCCGCCUUUCCAUCCAAACCGCAUCCUUCGAGGGCCUCUCGAGCAAGGCGAAGAAAGAGCUUCCGGGGAUGUGGGGCCUCAUGAUCUCCAUGUACAAGAACGAGGGAGGAUUCUUUGCCCUGUACCGCGGUAUAAUACCUACGGUUGCCGGAGUCGCACCUUACGUCGGUUUGAACUUUAUGGUUUACGAGACGAUGCGCAACAUCUUCACGCCGGAGGGAGACCAGAAUCCAGGCGUCUUUGGGAAGCUCGGUGCCGGUGCCGUCUCCGGUGCCGUCGCACAGACGUUCACGUAUCCAUUCGACGUCCUACGCCGCCGAUUCCAGAUCAACACCAUGAGCGGAAUGGGCUACCAGUAUAAGUCGAUCUGGGAUGCCUUGACGACCAUAAUCAGGCAGGAAGGUUUCAGAGGACUGUACAAGGGAAUCGCGCCGAACCUUCUCAAGGUCGCGCCAAGCAUGGCGAGCAGUUGGCUCAGCUUCGAGCUGACGAGAGAUUUCCUGAUCUCUUGUAGGCCGGUGGAAGUAUGA